GGCUUACUAGACAGACAUUCCGGGCAAGUUGGAUUCUGAGAAGAUUGGCGAAAGACAUUUUCGCCCAGACACACUUGCAGUCAACAAUAUGCUUACGUCUAUGAUACAGCUUGAUAUUAGGAGGACGAUGCACAAUUUAUUCCGGUGAAAUACAUUUGACAUGGAUUCGUCUGCUUGUACCAGGUUAUUCAGCCAACAGUCAUGGGUGACAAGCAGGGACACUGGUGAUGUAAACACAAAGUUCUCAUCUUUAUAAAUGUAUUAUUGAAGAACAAGGACCCUGGUUCUGUCCCCAAAUCCAGAUACUGCCAUGUCAGUGAUAACAGUCCAGCUUGGUCAGUGUGGCAAUCAGAUUGGUGGUCAGUUCUUCUCUACAAUCAUUGACGAUGCUUAUUCCAAGCCGUCAAGGUCGGGGGUCAACCCUAGCAAGAACCAGGAGUAUAUUAACGAGACCCUGGACAGAUUCUUUUCUCCAAGGGAGACAACUCUAGGCAAGGAGGAUACAGUUGAUGCUCGGGCAGUGAUGGUGGAUAUGGAGUCCAAGGCAAUAGCACAGACUUGUUUGGAGGCCAAGAGAAGUGGGAAAUGGAAGUAUCCUGAUAAACAACAAUUCUGUCAGAAACGAGGUUCAGGGAAUAAUUGGGCUCAUGGGUUCUGCGUACAUGGACCACGUGUUCGGGAUGAUGUAUUAAAUAUGUUGAGGCGUGAAGCAGAAAAGUGUGACAACUUGUCUGGGUUUAUCUGCUACUUGAGUCUAGCUGGUGGGACCGGGUCAGGCGUUGGUGCAUACACGACAGAGGCUCUGCGGGAUGAAUAUCCCCACUCAUUCAUCAUGAAUCAAGUUGUGUGGCCCUACCAGACAGGGGAGGUAAUUGUGCAGAACUACAACGCCAUGUUGACUCUCUCACAUCUGUACAGCACGUCUGAUGCUAUUGUCGUCAUGGAGAAUGACAGCCUACACAAAAUCUGUCAACAACUGCUCAACAUCAACAAGAUCUCAUUCCGAGCCAUUAACAAAGUUGUGAGCCACAAGAUGGCUAGUUUCUUGCAGCCUGCUCAUAGUGACAGUGAUGGCUACACCUGUUCAAAUGAUCUUGGUUCUAUGUUGCAUCAUCUUGUCCCCCACCCUGAGUAUAAGCUCCUCACACUGAAGAACAUCCCCCAGAUGUCGGAGAGAGCCAUGGAGUUCAGCACCUACCAGUGGCAUGGCUUGCUGAAGCACCUGCGGCAGAUGCUCGUGGCUGAUGCCGCUAUGGAAGAAGGCAUCAAUUGGGACAUCACGACUGGGUCAGCGACUCCCAGAGGGUCACACAGGUCAAACCGGUCUCUUGCCAACACCCUGAUUCUCCGCGGUAAAGAAUCCAUGACGGCAGAUGUGCUGCAUUAGGACAAGAAGUUGUACACUGAUUGGAUGCCCCAUGAGUUUACACUGGACGUCUUGAAACAACCCCGGAUAUUCAACCAGUACGAAAAGUCUGCUGUCCUAGUCAGCAAUAGCCAGUCUCCGAUUGGUGCACUAGAAAACACGAUCAGUCGCGCAUGGACUAUGUUCUCAUCGCGAGCGUAUGUGCACCAGUACAAGAGACAUGGUUUGGCAGAAGAUGACUUUAUUGACAGUUUUGUGGCACUGGAACAGGUGCUUGCUAGUUACAAAGCAUUGUGAUCAAUAACAGCCCAUAAUUAGGCUUGCCUUAUUUUCUUACGUUUUUUGAAAAUAUUAAAGUCCUUUUGCUUUCAAAUAUGACUGAAAUUGCAAAUGCAUAUUUAUUUGAAUCAUAUCUGUACGAUAUGUGGAAAGGUUAAAAUGUAAAGAAAUACAAGAAAUAUACCUUUUGAAAAUGUAUUUACUGUUUGAAUAUCCCUAAAAUAGAAGUUCGUUGAUAUCGGCUAUGUGUUUUGUGUGUGUCAGCCAGUUGUGUUUGAACAUGGAAAGACAAUUCUGAUCAUUAUUCACAGUAAUUAAACUACAACAUAUCCUCAUCAUUUCAUUUUUUUAGUAAGAAAAGUAAGUGUUCAUGAAUUUUGUGUACGUUUUAUGAUGUUUUGGCAGAAUAUAUGAGCAACAAC